AUGUAUCAGCCAACGCUGACACAUCCUCAAGAAUUUCUUUCCUUGCUCACAUCUUCCAACGGAUAUUGUGGGAGCAACGAAGACUCGGCUAUUCCUCCUCCUCCACGUUCAUCCACCACCAUGUUUGAAAACGACUUGUCACCACAUGAACCAUCAACACGUUCCCCCACACCUGCACCACUACCACCACAACAACAACCUCCACAACAUCAACAUCAACAUUUCUCGGCGGCUCCAUCGGCCCCUCUUUCAUGCUGUUGGCCUACUAUGACAACGCCUACAUCUACCAAUGGUAGUGUGAUAGCAUCUGGAGCAACACCUAACUCCAAUGCAGAGGCAUCAGCAGCAACAGCAAUACAAGCAACAGAGGUAGAUACAAGCUCACAUGGGAUGUUUAGUAUGGAACCCGACUAUGCGACAGGAUUUGGACAAGACCUGUUCUCCAUGACCAUGUACCUUCCUGACGACAGCACAACAAGCAGUAAUAGUAGUGGUGCUGGCACUACUACCACUACUACUGCCACCACAGCAACAACAACAACAGCUGCAGCAGCUGCUACUACUGAUCCUAUAGCUGCAGCUAACUAUAUUCAUGAUCUUUACUAUCGACGUCCUUCAUUGGAUAUGUACAAUCAGCAGCAGCAUUAUCGACCCCAAACGGCAAUGGCAGUGCCACCCAUGUCCCCAAGCUCAUUGUAUACUCACAUUAAUAAUGGCAGCAGCAGUGCACGAGCCUCCUCCUCCUUACAAAAUCACCCAACAGCAGAAUUUGCCGCUGAUCUUAAAAGAAGACAUCCUGAUGGAUCACCUCCUCUUGUUGCCACAUCCACAAAUAACAAACGUGCUAGGAAGUUGACGGGUGUGAUGGAUCAUCAACAACAACAACAUCAGGGUGGUGAUCAUUUGUUACAACAACAACAACAACCUGAUGGCGUAAAUGAGUCCCAUCCAGGCAUGCAUCCAUAUGACAGCAGCUCCACAGCAUCAGGAUCCACCACACAUCCAUUACGUCAACCACCUCCUGGAGCAACACCACGUCGACAAAAGUUGCGCUAUGAUGGAGAUGAAUACACACCCAAAUGGGUGCGUUACACAGGUCAACUCAAAGAAGGCUAUUGUGAUCAUUGCAAGCCCGGCAAAUGGCUUCAGCUCAAAAAUAGUGCCUAUUGGUAUCAUAAACAAUUCUAUCAUGGUAUCUCCUCGGUAUCAGGCAAACACUUUGCAGAGCCGCUGGAACGGCGUGCCGGUGACCAUGAUGUGAUCGAGGGCUUGUGCCACCAAUGCCGUCAAUUCGUUCCUAUUUGUAACGCCAAACGAAAGACAAGUGUCUUGUGGUACAGGCAUGCACACAAGUGCCACAUUUAUGAUAAGCCCAAAUCGCGAUUGGCAACUGGAAAAAGGGGACCCUUAAAGAAAUAG